GUAGCAGGCAACACAUCCUCGAGCCGGUCACUCUCCUGUACACCGUGCCAGCGCUCGAGCUCCAGCGACACAGCGCGCGCUCGGAAUUUAGUUUUACUUGACGAAGCUAAACCUGAUUUUCUUGCUUUAAUUUCCUCCGAUAAUUUUCAACUGAAGACCAGCGGAGGUUUUUAUUUGUACCAGCGGGACAAGCUCGGCGACACCGGGGCACAGACCGGGGAAAGAGCGACGCUUCGGCUUGGUACGACCCAGGACACCGAGUGGACAUUAUUCCUGCACGAGAGGACAGCACUUUGGAUUACUUUGACACACAGUUUGUGAGUGGAACACACCACAAAUAUAACUACAUUACUGUGUCUUCUGGUUCUCAGCAUGUGGCGUUUCUUUAGUAGAUAAUACAACCCUUACAUUGCGCUGAGCGGAUGCGUGCACUUCUGUGCGCUUUGUCCUGAUUUUUAGCUACAUGAAAAUCAGUGACCUGUAGCAAAAUAGCAUUAUACAUAUAUUUAGGAAGCAUUUAUUUGAUUUUGAAAUAACCCCAAGUUAUUUAGCAUUGUCUUGGACAACCCUGCGCAGCCAGGACCAGGAUGCAUCACAGCUGAAACCACGAGUCCGGGACUUUGGUGUUGGAAUCAGAUUGGACGGACCUCCACCUCCGUCCUGGACCAGGACAGGAUCCGAAUCAUGAUGAGUCCUGGCGGUGCGAUGUCGACUCUGCUCCCGGUGCUAUGCGUGCUCUCCGGAGCCUCCUGGGCAGCGACCCUGGGCGGGUUGGGAGACACCGUUCUUGGUCCGGAUAAGCUCCACGGUGUGGCCAACUUCAGCACCUUCUUACUGGACCCGUCAACAGGUAUGCUGUUCCUGGGUGCCAGGGAUGCCAUACUGGCUGUGGACACCAAAAAACUGAACCAACCACGAAAGAUUGUUUGGGAUGUGCCGGAGGAAAAGAGGAAGUCUUGUGUGGGAAAGGGAAAGACGGAGGUCGACUGCAACAACUACAUCCGUCUGCUGGAGUUCCUGGACGACGGACGCAUCUACGUGUGUGGGACCUAUGCCUUCGACCCCCAGUGUGCCUUCCUGGAGCUCUCCUCCUUCACACUGGAGAAAGCCGAGGAUGGAGGGGUGAAGAUGGAGACGGGGAAGGGCAAGUGUCCCUUUGAGCCCAGUCAGCACUACACGGCUGUUAUGGCAGCUGGUACCCUAUACACAGCGGCCACCAGCAACUUCCUGGGAACGCUGUUCGACAUCUCCCGGGCAACGGGCGCUGAGCAGGAGCGCAUCCGAACCGAGCGAUCCAUCAACUGGCUGAGUGACCCAGAGUUUGUGAGCUCAGCCUUCAUAAAGCAGUCUGCAGACAGCAACCCAACAGGAGACGAUGACAAAAUCUACUUCUUCUUCACUGAGGUGGCCAAAGAGUAUGAUCUCUACACCAAAGUCAAAGUGCCCAGGGUGGCACGAGUCUGCAAGUCCGAUGUCGGAGGGAUGAAGACUCUGCAGCGACGUUGGACCACCUUCCUCAAGGCCCAGCUGGUGUGUGAGGACAAGCCCAGCAGUCAGCGUUACAACGUCCUAACUGAUGUUUUCACCACGCAACACACACCAGGAGACCCCAGCAGCACACACUUCUAUGGAGUAUUCACCUCCCAGUGGGAGCGUGAGGAGUUGUCAGCAGUGUGUGUUUUCAGUCUGUCUGACAUCAACAAAGUGAUGGACGGUCCCUUUAAAGAGCUAAAGAAGACCUGCGAGAACUGGAUCAACCCGGAACCUGUCCCCACACCAAGGCCUGGCCAGUGUUUGAACAAUGCUUUGAGGGCUGAGGGGUUCGAGUCCUCCUUAAAACUUCCCGACAAGGUGUUGACAUUUGUGAGGGACCACCCUCUGAUGGAGAACAGUGUUACUGCAGCGCCGCUGCUGGUCCGGGAGGGAAUCAGAUACACCAAGCUGGCUGUUACGCAGACGGGCAGCGGAGACCAGCAGAGGGGAACAGUCCUGCACCUUGGGACAGACCGUGGGGAGCUCCACCGGGUGGCAGUAGUGGGCCAGAACGCCACCUUACUGGAGGAGAUUCAUCUGUUCCCCUCACAGGAGCCUGUCAACAAUAUAUUACUGCACCAGGGCUGGGCUCUGGUGGGCAGCCCUCUGUCUCUGGCUCGUGUCCAGGCUGAAGGCUGCGCUCUAUAUCCCAGCUGUGAGGUGUGUGCCAGAGCCCGAGGACUGGGCUGUGUGUGGAGCACAGAAGAGGAGGCCUGCAGGCCCACUACUGCAGAGCCUGGUCCAGGUGAUGUGGUAGACAACGCCUUGAAGAAGUGUGCUAUAGAGGGACGUUGCAGCCCGUCCAUGAGGGAGCUGCCAGUGUCUCUGGGUCUGCGCCUCUUGUUGCCAUGUGUCCAGCUGUCUCCCAGGCCCUGUAGCUGGGAGCAUCCUCCCCACAGACACACCAGGCAGCACCACUCAGACCUGGAAGUGACUGUCACAGAGGACAGCCUGGGGAAAUACAUCUGCACGUGCCAGGAGGCCGGACAAGGUAGCAGAGACCCCACCCCCUGCCGCAGAGCAGCCUAUCAGCUGACACUAGAAGCCCCCAGUGCUGGAGGAACUAUGGCAACCGCAGAAAGCCGCCACGUCCUGGCCAUCUACAUCCUUUUCUUCAUCUUGGGUUUAGCGUUUGGUUUGUUCCUCCUCUACUUCGUGACCCACCGGCGCAGCUUUGCCCUCCAUGGUCACCACCUGCCAGAUAAUUCGCUGUCGUCAGAGAAGGGGCGGGACUUGCUGGGCUCCUCAGCCACGCCACAGUCCCCUAGCAGUGCCAGCCUGCUGUCCGAGGGAUUUAGAUUGACAGAAAAACGUAACGGGACGUCGACCACAAACACGACUACAACGCUCCUCAGCAACCAGGGGAAUGGUGGUCACCAUGGCAACAGCUACAGCGGCACCCUGAUCCAUAGCAACCCUAGCAAUGGCCAUGGGAAUUCCCUGUAUGCAAACUGCAAUACAAGUAGCAGCGGGCUAAAGUUUGCUUCGGAAAUAUUAGCUGCAGACUUGCUGGAUGGAAGGACGGGGGAGAAGGAGAGAGGGAGGCCUGAGGGGGUUGAGAGGGAGUCGGGGGAGGGGGACGAGGUGGAUGAGGGAGUGGGGGACGGGUUAGGGGAUGGAAUAAAAGGACUGGAGGAGGAGUUGGCCAGCUUUUCCAUGUUUAAAUCACCUGCACCAUUGGCUAAAUGUGAAGAAAGUUCCAUAUGAAAAGGUGAUACAAAAUGUUGACUGCCUCCUUGGUAUUAUCCAACUGAAUAAUACCAAGGGGAAUACAAAAUGGCUACUGCCAAAUGCGUUUGAAUGGGAGCUGUAGCAUGAAGAGAGACUAUAGAGAUAUAUGAGAAAUAUAUGAUAAGUUUAUGUCUAAGCGUGUGAAAAGAAAACAUGUUAGUAUUGUGAGUCAUUGAAGAUGAGAGCCACAGCUAAAUAAAUGCGUCACAUGUAAUAUAAAAUGUAAAUAUGAGCAGUCUCCGAGCACCGAAAUGUCUACAGUAGACGGUGAAAAGCCAUAUUGUCUUUCUCCUUAACUUCCGUUGUUGCUGUUUGCUCUCUCAUUAUCUUCUUCUGAUGGCUCUACUAAAGCUUUGACUCUCUCAGCACCUCUCUCUCUCUCUUUCUCUAUUUCUAUUCCUCUCUCUGACGCACCACUCAAAUCCCAGACCUUGACACGUUCUAAGGCACCAAAGGACCGCUGAGCCAUAGACUAACAAGUCAGACUGUUCCGCUUCUGAGCGGAGAACCAUGAAGAGCGAAUGCUUAAGGAGGACGAUAGGGUUGAGGGUCGCCUAUCAGAUUUGUGUCAUUGUGGAAAGUUUAAAAUGCACAGCAGAUGUAAGU